CUGUCUCGUUUCUUUUAGAGGCAAGAUCCUGUUUCCUGGAAUGCAACAUUUGAGGACAUUUCCAGGAAGGUGCUGAAUAUAAGAUACACUCUGUUACCCUAUUUUUAUACAUUAAUGCAUGACGCCCAUGCCCAUGGCAGUACUGUGAUCCGCCCCUUACUCCAUGAGUUUGUGGAAGACAGAGCAACAUGGGAUAUAUAUGAACAAUUCCUUUGGGGACCUGCACUGCUCAUCAGCCCAGUAAUGGAACCGAAUGCUGUAACGGUAGAUGCUUACAUACCCGAUGCCCGCUGGUAUGAUUACUACACAGAUGAAUAUAUUGGUAUUAGGGGAAAAUCAACAACUCUAUCAGCUCCUCUGGACCAUAUCAAUCUUCAUAUCCGAGGCGGUUACAUCCUCGCAUGGCAACAACCUGCUAAUACAACUUUUUACAGCCGGAAAAACCCGAUGGGACUUAUUGUUGCUUUGAAUGACACUCAGUUGGCAGAAGGACAGCUUUAUUGGGAUGAUGGGGUUCGCAUUGAUGCAUAUGAAGAUGGUGCAUAUCUGCUAACAUCAUUUACUGCUAAGCAGAAUGUUUUGGAUAUCACAGUUGUGCAUCAUGGUUACACUGAUCCAAACAACUUAAUGUUUACUGAAAUUAAAGUCCUGGGCGUGAACACCAACGUUCAGCAGGUGGCUGUGUUGCAGAACGGUGGGACAAUUCCAUCAGCUCAUGUGCUGAGCUACAACAGCACCACCCAGGUCCUGAAAAUCACCCGGCUUCAACUUCAAUUAGGCCAAACCUACACAGUGCAAUGGAAUUAAAGUGCCUAAAAAAUAACAUUGGCCAUAUUACUGAAAUUUCUCUUUGUUUUAAAACAGACUUGAGAUGUUCAUACUGUCACUUUGUACCCUAAAAAUACUUUACUCUGUAAAAACUUACAGCUUACAUUGAGUUCAUAUCGAGGUAUCACGUGUAUAAAUGAAGUUUAGUAUUGUUGAAGGCUAACUACAAGCUCUGCAUGUAAUGCAAAACUUAUGUUUUAAAUACUAUGGCACUUGUGUCAUAUUUAAAAACUGAAAUCUGAAUGUACAAUUCUGUUUUCUUUAAGCAGAAAUUCUGGCUGACUUCAUGCAUGGUAAAUUUUGCAAACCAAGAUGCAGUUGGUGUUACCUGCAUGGAUUUGGGGCCAUAAUUCUGCCCAUAUUUAACUUCUAUCAUCUUAAUUUUAACUCUGCCAAUGUAAAUCACUAUUAUUGAGAAGUAUUUAAAGGCAGAUAAAUUAAUGUUCUCAGAUUAUACUUUUAGUAUGAAACAGUGUUUCCACUUGUUCAUCUAUAAAAUAUUAAGGUACUUGCAAAAGUCAUUCAAAGUAUUUUGUAUGAGUUCAGCCAGACAUUUGUGUUCCCCAAUGCUGAAGUUGCAAAAUUAAACUUGAAGUUUCAAGGUUAACCAAUAAA